CAAAAAGAAAGAAAAAAAGUCAUGAUUAAGAUGAAAAAUUGUAGGAACUGAACCGGAGUGAGUGAGUCAUGAGUCUUUCCCAUUUCUUCCAUUCGCUGUUUCUCAAAAGCUUCAACCGACAACCAUCUCUUUACAAUUUACAUAUAACAGUGACACUCGCUGUCUUAGCUUCACGGACCAAUCUUUAAUCUUUCUAAUAACUAUUUCUUUAAUCCUUUCUCUUUCUUUUUUCACUUGCUCCACAUCACAAGUCUUAAUUGCUCUCUCUCUCUCUGCAAACCGUUCCUCUUCUUCUCUCUCGCUCACUUUCACUGAGCUGCAACUAGAAGAAGAAGCAGAACCAGGGAUGGGUUCUGUUUCACUGAAAAUUGGAGAUGGAACAGCCAGAUUUAGAAGGGCCACACUGUGUUCCUCGGCGGUCAACAUUCUCAUGUUGCUUUCUGUCAUCACUACCAACCUCUUCGCUCUGUACGCUUUCACAUCCUCCCCGAAGGACCACCAAACUCAUCACCACCUCCAACACCAUUCUCACAAGAACAUCUCUCUCAUCUCAGAGCAGGUCGCUCUGAUCCUCCGCGAGAUCGAUUCUUCACAGAAGAAACUUGCCCAGAUGGAAAAAGAGCUUCUUGGCUAUGAAAGCGUCGAUCUUUCACGGCCCAACAUCGCAAACGAACUCAAGCUCUUCCUUCAGCAUCACCAGCUCCCACUGGGCAAGGAUUCCAGAAGCGGGAUCACGGAAAUGGUGGCUUCUGUGGGCCAUUCCUGUGAGAAAUCUGUCGACUUGUUGUCCCAAUACAUGACUUACAAGGUCUCCGGGCCUUGUCCUGACGAUUGGAGCCUUGCCCAGAAGCUGGUUUUGCGUGGAUGCGAACCCCUACCAAGAAGGAGGUGUUUUGCCAAGUCUGUUCCCAAGGUUGAUUUGAAACCUUUCCCUAUUUCACUUUGGAAGCCUGCUGUUGGUAAUAAGACUGUUAACUGGAGUGGACUUGGCUGUAAGAGUUUUGAAUGCUUGAAUAGUAAGAAAUUAGGCAGAGACUGUGCCGGUUGCUUUGAUUUAGUAAAUGGGUUUGAGAAUCAGAGGUUUGUUAAGGCCAGGGGUAAGAACGAUUUUCUUAUCGAUGAUGUAUUAGCCAUGGGAAGUGGAGGGAUUCGAAUAGGAUUUGAUAUUGGAGGUGGUUCUGGUAGCUUUGCUGCUAGAAUGGCAGAGAGGAAUGUCACUGUUAUUACGAACACUUUGAACGUCGAUGCCCCAUUUAGCGAAUUCAUUGCUGCAAGAGGGCUUUUCCCUUUGUUUCUCAGUUUAGAUCAUAGAUUCCCUUUCUAUGAUAAUGUGUUUGAUUUGGUUCACACCGGGAGUGGAUUGGAUAUUGGGGGAAAACCAGAAAAAUUGGAUUUCUUAAUGUUUGAUCUAGAUCGGAUUUUGAGGCCUGGAGGUUUGUUUUGGUUAGAUAACUUUUACUGUGCCAAUGAUGAAAAGAAAAAGGCCUUAACCAGGUUGAUCGAACAGUUUGGUUAUAAGAAGCUGAAAUGGGUUGUUGGGGAAAAGGUAGAUACAUCAGGAUCAGGCAAAUCCGAGGUUUAUUUGUCUACUGUUCUACAGAAGCCGGUUAGAUUAUGAACGUGGUUGUUACAGGAAACAUCAUAGAGAACUCGAAGAAUAAUCUAGCAGAAGUCGUUGGGGGAACAUAAUAAAUCUAUGGUUUCAUGAAAUGUAACGGAUGAAAAUUGUGUUUUCUUUUUUACUUGCCACACCACCUGGGUCUUCUGCUUAUCAUUUCUUUAUGAAUGUAACAUUUGUUAUAGUAUCGCCUCCUCUAAGUUGGUGAAGCACAAUAUUCUUGCAUCAUGUGAAAACAAACCCUUUGCUUUUACGGUCAUCAGACAAAUCAAUUUGUGUAUUUUGUUCCCCAGAACUUAGAGAGAACUGUCAUGAGUAGGACUUUCAUGCCUUUCGAACAAAUUAUAAAAAUCUGUGAUACAUCUAUGUUAUUCUUUUAUUGAUUAUAACAUUAUGUUGCGUUGUUCU